AGUGCAUUUGAUCAACAGUCAAGCGUCCAAUAGGCGAUGAGACGUCCUUACGCUAUACGUCAGCGUGCUCGUUCACUUACCCGCCAGCCAUUGAAACUAGUCUGGAGUUGUAGACAACAAGGGAGAAGCACGCCGAAGCCGGAACAGUCCUAAUGGCAGAGUGGAACGCUUACUACCGCAACGAGGAUGACGAGGAAGAGCAGGAGGAAGGGGAGCAAUCUGGAGGAGAUUAUAAAAUCACAGGAAGAGACAGUUUGGUGUUCCUGGUUGAUGCCUCCAAGGAAAUGUUCAUCAAAGGAGAAGACGGACAGCCCUCCAACUUUGACAUGACCAUGCAGGCCGUGCGCAGUGUGUACACCAGUAAGAUCAUUAGUAGCCACAGGGACCUGAUGGCUCUGGUUUUCUACGGCACAGAGCAAAGCAAAAACCCCAGGAACUCAUUCAAGCACGUCUAUGUGUACCACGACCUCGAUGAGCCUGGUGCAAAGCGAGUGCAGGACGUGGACGCUCUGCAGGGGGAAAAGGGUGGCCAGCUCGCAGCGGAGACCAUGGGCAGUGGAGAGACAUCACUAGGCGACGCACUGUGGUGCUGCGCCAACCUCUACAGUGACAUCAAGCUUCGCCUCUCGCACAAGAGGCUAAUGAUCUUCACCUGCAGGGAUGAACCACACGGAGGCAACAGUACGAAGGACCGACAGGCUCGCACCAAAGCCAGUGACCUCAAAGAAACAGGUGUUGUCAUUGAUUUGAUGCACCUGAUGAAACCGGGCGGCUUCGACGUCUCAAUCUUCUUUCGCGACAUUGUAAGUCCACCAGAGGAUGAGAGCGAGUUGGGGUUGCAGCUGGAGCCAUGUGACAAACUGGAGGAUCUCAAGAAGAGGGUGCGUGCCAAGGAGCAGAAGAAGAGGGCCAUGGCCAGGUUAAAUCUGUGUCUGGGUGAGGGCUUGAAUGUGGCCGUGGGACUUUAUGCAACUGCUGUGACAGCCCGAAAACCGGGAGCCAUCAAACUUUACAGGGAAACCAACGAGCCAGUUCGCAGCAAAACCCGCACCUUCCAUACGCAGACUGGCAGCCUGCUGCUGCCCAGUGACAUAAAGAAAGCCCAGGUGUACGGUAAAAAGCAGAUAGUGAUGGAGAAGGACGAAGUGGACGCCAUAAAGAAGUUCGAUGAUCCUGGACUGCUUCUCAUCGGAUUCAAACCUAUGGAGAAGCUUAAACUGCACCACCAUGUCCGGCCCGCUGUCUUCCUCUAUCCUGAGGAGGGUGAGGUUAAAGGCAGUGCAUGCCUGUUCUCAGCCUUGCUGACGAAGUGUAGCGAGAGGAACGUGUUCGCUCUGUGUCGUUGCAUCUCCCGCCGGAACUACCCACCUCGAUUUGUCGCCCUGGUGCCUCAGAAAGAGGAGAUCGACGAGGGGAAAGUACAGAUCACACCGCCAGGCUUCAACGUCAUCUUCCUGCCAUACGCUGAUGACUUUCGGACGUUGGAUCCUCCCCAGUUCCCGACUGCCUCACAAACACAGGUGGACAAGAUGAAAGAGAUCAUCUCCAAACUCCGCUUCAGAUACAGGAGUGAUGCAUUUGAGAACCCCGUCAUCCAACAGCACUACAGGAACCUGGAGGCCUUGGCUCUGGACAUGAUGGCUCCGGAAGACGUAGAGGACCUCAUCAUGCCAAAGGCGGAGCAGAUGGACCAUCGCCUCGGACCCUUGGCCCAGGAGUUUAAAGAUCUGGUCUACCCCUCCGACUACAACCCAGAGACCAAACCAGCUGCUAAACGCAAAACAGCAGAUACUGGAGGUGGAGCGGAGAAGAAGCCAAAGGUGGAGGUGUCGGAAGACGAGCUCAGGGCCCAUGUACAGAACGGCACCAUGGGAAAGCUGACCGUGCCGGUGCUGAAGGAGGCCUGCAAGCAGGUUGGAGUCCGCACCACUGGCACCAAGAAGCAGGAACUGAUAGAUGCUCUGAUUGCCCGUCUGGGCUCAUAAAGAGUUAGAUGUCUCGACUCUCUGUGCCUUCCUGCGCUGGCAAACUGGAUUCAGGAUCCAGGUGUGUCUGCUGUCAAAUUGGAUUCCAGAUGUAGAAAUGCCUCCAGACACUUUGCACUAUCCAUGUUCACUGUUAUCAGCAGGUAAUGGGUUUUUAUUACCUGAAAAAAAAAAGCUUCCUGUUCUGCUCAAUGAUAAUGAAACCUGUGCUUUGCCCCUUUUAAAUGGCAGAAGGUUAAGUGCUAAUGUCUGCACUUCAUGUGUCGGCCCCACAUUACAUAACUAAUGUUUAAUGUAAAAAAUGAUCAAGAACUUUCAGAGUGGUUGUUGUGGGUUACAACAGUUUAAAACAGCACUGGAAUACACUGUAAUAUAACCAUGGUCAUGAAAAUAUGAUAACUGGCGAUGCAUGCACAAUGAAUAAAACCAAACCUUUUAUAAUCCA